UAAAAAAACGUUCUGUAAACGUUUCCAGCAAACUUUGUGUAAAACGAGUUUACAGGUCGUAAAGCUGCCCCGAGCGGCUGUAAUGUAAAGUAAUGUAACGGGGCUGAGAGGAGAGGACUGAGCAUGCGCCGUGGCACGUGAAGGCAUUUAAAUAUUAGCGACAUAGAAGCUUCGCACAACAACGGCUCUCGACGCCUCCAGGCAUCAGCCAGAGCAAAGCCCCGGGUGCGUGUCUGCCUUUGUGGAGGAUGAUUUCUUGGACGCUGUCCGCGCUUUUGGCAGGCGCCGCUGCCCUGUGGGUGUUCCAGAGGAUGUUCUACCCUUACUUUUGGGACGACCUGAUUUAUUACUUAAAGCUUCGGAAGGUCAGGACGGCGACCUUGGCGAGGAUGAGGCGGGGGGUCAUCACUUACCUCGACCGCUUCGUCCACCAGGCGGGGAGCUGCCCCGGAAAGCCCUUCAUCGUCUUUGAGGACCGAGUCUUCACGUACGGGGACGUGGAAGUGCGGAGCAACAAGUUCGCCAACGUCUUCAAGGCUGAGGCGGGUUUCAGACAUGGUGACAUCGUGGCGGUGUGGAUGAGCAACGAGCCGGACUUCGUGUGCGUUUGGUUCGGGCUGUGCAAGCUGGGCUGCGAGGUCGCCUUCCUCAACUCCAACGUCAGACCCAAAGCGCUCCAGCACUGCUUUCAGACCUGCGGAGCCAAGGCUCUGGUCGUGGGCGCAGAUUUAAUCAAGUGUCUGGAUGAUAUCCUGCCGCCACUCUCGGACAAUGCGAUUGAUGUGUGGGUGAUGGCUGAAAGCUCAUCGUGUCAGAAUGUCAGCACAUUACUGGACAAAGUAGAGUUGGCCUCGGCGGAGAAGCCACAAAUAGACAUACCCCCGCCAAACCUCACGUCCACCUUCCUGUUUAUCUUUACUUCAGGCACCACAGGGCUUCCGAAAGCUGCUCGGGUCAGUCAUAUGAAAGCAGUGAUGAGUAUGUCCUUCCUCCGUCUAUGUGGGGCCAACGAAAAUGAUAACCUCUAUCUCACUCUGCCACUUUACCACAUGGCAGCGUCUCUCCUGGGUAUUGGUGGAUGCAUUGAUCUAGGAGCUACUUGUGUGUUGAAGAAGAAAUUUUCUGCGAGCCAGUUCUGGAAGGACUGCAUCAAGUACGAUGUAACAGUGUUCCAGUACAUUGGAGAGCUCUGUCGAUACUUGGUGAAUCAACCCAAGUGUGCAGAGGAGAUGGCACAUAAAGUGCGCAUUGCUGUAGGGAGUGGACUUAGAACAGACGUGUGGAAAGAGUUUUCGAGACGCUUCAGGAAAAUCCAGAUUCAGGAGGGAUAUGGUUUGACCGAAGCCAGCAUUGGCUUUCUUAACUACACCGCUGAAAUCGGACCCAUUGGGCGAGCCAGUUAUUUCAACAAGCAUUCUAUACCUUUUGAAUUUUUGAAAUGCGACUUGGAGACAUACGAGCCUGUCCGAACAGAGACAGGACGCUGCGUAAAAGUCAACAAAGGUGAAAUAGGCUUGCUGGUGGCCCCUGUGUCUUUCACCAACCCUUUUCUUGGUUAUGCGGGAAAAGAGGCCAUGUCUGAAAAGAAGUUGCUGAGAGAUGUCUUUAAGGAGGGUGAUGUAUAUUUCAACACUGGAGACCUGAUGCUCCAGGAUCACAGAGACUUUGUCUACUUCAAAGACAGGAUUGGAGACACAUUCAGAUGGAAAGGAGAGAAUGUGGCCACGACAGAGGUGUCAGACGUUUUAGGCUGUUUGCAUUUCCUGCAGGAAGCGAAUGUCUACGGUGUUACUGUGCCAGGGUAUGAGGGAAGAGCUGGAAUGGCCGCUAUAGUUUUAAAAGAAGGUCAUGACCUGGAUGCAGAAAGCCUUUACAGUCAUUUGGUACAGAACCUUCCUGCAUACUCCUGGCCCUGGUUUUUAAGAGUGCAGACGUCCUUGGACAUGACCGAGACUUUUAAGCAGCAGAAGAAAAAGCUAGUGGAGGACGGAUUCUGCCCUCAGGCUGUUCAAGACUCUCUCUACUUCCUUGACAGCUGUAAGAAAACCUAUGUCCCCCUGUCUCAGGGUGUGUAUGAUGACAUUAUCUCAGGCAAGAUAAGACUCUGAAUACAUCUGGUUGAAAAAAGAAGGAUCAUGUACCUGAUUUUGGAUUUAAUGCACACUACAAUAUGGAAUAACCAUAUAGUUUUAUAUAGUUUUUUUGAUGACGUUGUUUAUGCUGUCCAGGUUUUGAGCUGUAAAGUUUUUUUUUUUAAUAAUAUAUUAACUUGAGUAUUAUUGGUUGAUAAAAUGUUUAUCAGCAGUUUAUCUGGGAGUUAAUUCAGCAGCUUUAGGCAGGUCUCUUUUGACUCAAACUCCUACUUUUUAGAAGUGAUUUAUAUUUAACAAAAGUGGUGCUGUGUACUAUGUAUUAUAUGUUAAUGCAUAGAUCCCCAAUAAGACUGAAUUUACAGUUUCUUAAUAUUCUUAAUGUUCUCAUUAGUGCCUUUUAUAUUACCACAGGGUGGAUGGUUUUCCAUAUUUCUUAUAAUGAAUUGGUGGUGGAAACAAACUAAUCUUUGUUAGCACGUGGUUCCCAGCUCGGUUAUAAUUUAUGCCUAGGUUGACUUUGGCUGCCAGGUAUACAGUGCAGUCUACAAGUAAUUGGACAGUGAAUCAAUGGCUAUGAGGUCAAAGUCCAAAAGGGCAAAGGUUUGGGUGAAUCAUAUAGGCAUUUAGCUUGUUUUUAGUAGCUGGGACGCUGAUGUUAUACCUCAGUAUGUGUCCUAUAUACCAUUUAUGCAGUCAUAUCAUGAAUAAAGACCAGUGAGCCAGUUCAGUUUCACUGGCAGCCCUACAGUCAUAUACAAAAUAACUAAACCCAUCCAGUAAACAAACUUUAAAUAUGACAUAAACUGCGUAUUUUAGAGCAUAAUUUCUGUUUAUAACAUACUGGAAAAAAUGAAACAUGCCAUCAUUUUUGCACAAGUUACAUUUUGUUUUUAGUUUGUUCAAUUCAGCCAAUAAAGUGGAUGUGUUAACUUAUUUCCACUGGUCGGGACGGUAUUCCACAAAGCAGGAUUUCUCAGUUUAGCCUAAAGCCUAGAAGCCUAAAGUCAAGCCUGUCCAAUAGGAAAAGAGCUGAGGGACAUUCCCUUUGGGCUUAAGUUAUCUGGCUAACUGAGAAAUCCUGCUUUGUUGAACAACCCCCCAAUAGCGCCCAAACCUUUCCAUAUGGCAUGACCAGGUAUGUUUAUUCUAAUCUCAUUGGUCUCAGAACUCGAGCCUUUUCAUGCACUUUUUAGUAAACUGUAAUCUACAAGCUAAAAGUGUUUUAACAGUUUAUUAUUGUUUUAAAAUAAACUUCAAAAACAAAACCAACCACUGUUCAGUUACCUAUACUACACUGUGAAUUAAGUAGCUAAAUGUCAGUGACUAUAGUGUUAAAGUGCAAGUAUGAUUUGGGUGUAUGUGUGCUAGUAGGGGAUUAAGGAUAAUGUAAAACAUUUAAUUCUUUGAAAGUAUGCAUAGAGCAUAUUCUCCAAGUCCUCGAGUCUUCUGAUUUUACCAUACUUUAAUACUUAUAAAACUGGCUGAUUGGUGCAUUGCACUGUAGUUGCCCUAUAUUUAUGGCAGAGAGUUGAAUUUUUGUGUGCAUCUUAAUCUAAGUAUCUUUUUUUCCUCUUCAUAAGUCAAGGCUUAUGCUGCCUUUCUUCAGUAUAGUCAGGUUAAGAAUUCCUUCUUGUACUCUUCUUUUAUGAUAAAGAAAAUGUAUGAUACUUUUGUUUCCAAGCUGUAUGUUUUUUUUUAGUUUUUUUUUUUAACUGCUGUACUUUUUGCUGCUAAAUCUGGAACUUUUAAUUAUGAAAAUCUGGGCUUUGAAUUGUUGGGGUAAUGUUUCCCUUGAAUUCCUUUAAUUUGUAAUAAAGUGUAAUAAAGUAGGCUUUAUCAGAUUA